CGCACUCUCACUUGGGCGUUUUUAAGGCCACUUGCUUCUCUCAGCGGUACAUUCCUCCUCUUGCAAAAGCAGCAGCACCAGCUUCACCGCACCGGCAAUGGGAAUCGACUUGGUCGCAGGCGGCAAGAGCAAGAAGACGAAGAGAACUGCUCCCAAGUCCGAUGAUAUCUACCUCAAGCUCCUCGUCAAGCUUUACCGAUUUCUGGUAAGAAGAACUGGCAGCAAAUUCAAUGCAGUGAUUUUGAAGCGGCUUUUUAUGAGCAAAGUCAACAAGCCUCCUUUGUCUUUAUCCAGAUUGGUUCAAUUCAUGAAGGACAAGGAAGAUAAGAUUGCAGUAGUAGUUGGGACUGUCACAGAUGAUAUUCGUGUGUAUGAGGUGCCGGCUCUGAAGGUUACUGCACUAAGGUUCACCGAGACAGCGAGAGCCAGGAUCGAGAAGGCCGGUGGUGAAUGCUUAACAUUUGACCAACUUGCUCUUCGAGCUCCCCUUGGACAGAACACAGUUCUCCUCCGAGGUCCGAAGAAUGGUCGUGAGGCUGUGAAACACUUUGGACCAGCUCCCGGUGUUCCACACAGCCACACCAAGCCCUAUGUGCGGUCAAAGGGAAGGAAAUUCGAGAGGGCUAGAGGAAGAAGGAACAGCAAAGGCUUUAGGGUUUGAGAUUCCAAAUGUCCGGGAUAGAAAUUAUCAGCCUAUCACAUUAAAAUGAGAACCUUUUUUUUCACAUUACUUUGGUUUCAAUGGUUGUAGUUGGGAAUCUAUUGUAACUUUGUUUUUUAAGGAUAAUUUUUGAGUGAUUGAUCA